AUGUCAACAGAUCUGGUCAAAAUCAAGAAAGCACUCAUCUCAGUCUCCGACAAGACAGACUUGCUCGUGCUCGCUGCUGCGCUCAAGGAUGCUGGAGUGCAGUCGGUGGAGGUUCUUUCCACAGGAGGAACGGCCAAGGCUCUCAAGGAGGCCGGGCUUCCGGUGACUGACGUGUCGGACUACACUGGCUUCCCUGAGAUGAUGGAUGGCCGUGUCAAGACCCUUCAUCCCAAGGUCCACGGGGCGCUGCUGUCGAUCAGGAACAACCCUGAGCACGAGAAGGCUUGCAAGGAGCACGGGAUCGAGUAUAUCGACAUGCUCGUGGUCAAUCUGUAUCCCUUUCAAGCCACUGUGGCCAAGGGAGCAGACUUCGAUACCUGCAUCGAGAACGUUGACAUCGGUGGACCCGCCAUGAUCCGCGCGGCCUCCAAGAACCAUCCCAGUGUCACCGUCAUCACCUCAGUCACCCAGUACGCCAAGGCAAGCAGCUCGUCCUCGUGGCUCGUGAUCGAAGAGAUGAAGCAGCAUGACGGCUGUACCACUCUCAAGACCAGGAGGAGCCUCGCUGCUGCCGCGUAUGCUCACACGGCAGCCUACGACGCAGCUAUCUCCACUUGGUUUGCGGAGCAGAACCAGGAGACUCCUGCUGUGGUGACGAGGGCGUACGACCUCGCCUUCCCCCUGAAGUACGGAUGCAACCCCCAUCAACUCCCCGCCAACAUCUACAGCAUGUCGGGCGGAGCUCUUCCCUUCAAGGUCCUCAACGGCAAGCCGGGAUACAUCAACCUCCUCGAUGCCCUCAACUCCUGGGCUCUGGUCAAGGAAGCGCGCGAGGCCCUCGGCCUCCCAGCUGCUGCCUCCUUCAAGCACGUCUCCCCUGCAGGAGCUGCUGUCGCCGUGCCCCUCUCCGACGUGGAGAAGCAGGCAUACGAGGCUCCGGACAAUCUCUCUCCUGCUGCGCUCGCCUACCUCCGUGCUCGCAACGCUGACCCCAUGUGCUCCUUCGGCGACUGGGCGGCUCUGUCGGACGUUGUGGACGAGCAGACGGCGAACUACCUCAAGACGGAAGUCUCGGACGGCAUCAUCGCCCCCGGUUACACUCCCGAGGCCCUCGCCAUCCUCUCUCAGAAGAAGACGGGCAGCUUCAUCGUGCUCGAGGCCGAUCCCAACUUUAAGAACCCUGCUGGAGAGAUCGACUUCCGCGAGAUCAACGGCUGCGUGUUCGCUCAGAGAGGACACGGAGACAAGCUCAUCACGCCGGACAUGAUGAAGAAGAACAUCUCGACCAAGAACAAGGACCUUCCUGAAGGAGCCGUCCGAGAUCAGGUUCUCGCCACUGUCGCCAUCAAGUACACACAGUCCAACUCCGUUGGCUAUGCUAUCAACGGCAUGAUGAUCGGCGUUGGAGCUGGACAGCAGAGUCGCGUCGACUGCGUGAAGCUUGCGGGGAGGAAGGUCACGACCUGGUGGAUGCGGCAGCAUCCCAAGGUGCUCGGCCUUCAGUUCAAGCCGGACGUGAAGCGUCAGGCCCGCGUGAACGCGCGCGUCAGGUACAUCGAAGGCAUGGCAGAGAUGACCGACAUCGAGCGCGAGACCUGGGCCCAGCAGUUCACUACCGUGCCAGAGCCGCUGACCCCAGCUGACUUCGAGGAGCACAUGAAGAAGCUUGACGGAGUGGUGAUCUCAUCCGACGCCUUCUUCCCCUUCCGCGACAGCAUCGACACUUGCAUCAAGUACGGCGUCAAGUAUGUGGCGCAGCCUGGAGGUUCAGUGCAGGACGAGGGAGUGACGGAGGCCUGCGAUCAGUACGGGAUGGUGCAGUGCCAUCACGGCAUGCGCCUCUUCCACCACUAGAGGUUGACCGCCCCAGCAGCUC